GCGCAAGAGCAUUCGCUCAUUUAUGUCUAACGGAGUUGUUCCUAUUGUAAUCCGUUCCGCUUCAUAUUUGUGAAUUGCAUCGGCCACACUUCUUCUCAGAGUGGAAGGCUCAUGCAAUGGGCUUGCUGCAAUUAGGAACUGCUCUCGAAUGGCCGGAGGCCAAGAAGAAUGCCGAUAAGGUUAGAAAAUGGGGUAUCGAGCAACUGCUCGCUAUUUGGAAUAGGGCCAAGGGAAAAGAACGAGAUGUGCUUCUAUGGGGAGAUGAGGUAGAAUAUCUGGUUGUUGCUUUUGACGACGGCAAUCGAAAAGUCCGACUAUCCCUGGCUCAAGCCGAUAUCCUCAAAUCACUUGCCCGAGAUACAGCUCUAUGUAAAGUUGGAGGGGAUGUUUCCGAUAUGACAGCUGAGCAUGAGGACGAGGCCCUCCCGACUUUUCACCCGGAAUUUGGAAGAUUCAUGUUAGAAGCAACGCCUGGACGGCCAUGGGGUAUAGACUUUCGGGAUCUCUUGAAGGUGGAAUCAAAUAUGCGCUGGAGGAGGGAAAUCGCGAAAGGCCACAUGGCUAACUGUGAAUAUCCAAUCACACUCACUACCUUCCCACGUCUUGGAUGUCCAGAAGACUAUAUUCAGCCCUAUUACCCCCCUUCCGGUCCUGCGCUACGCUCUCAAUUCGUCCCCGAUGAGAUCGCCAACCCCCACAUCAGAUUUCCAACGUUGGCUGCUAACAUUAGGGCUCGACGAGGUCGCAAGGUCGAGAUAAAUGUACCAGUAUUCAGAGAUAAGAAUACACCAUGGCCAUUCAAUGACCCUACAGUUAAUUACGAUUUGCAUAAGUGGCCGGAAGAUGACGAUGUGAGGAACGGCGCUGCUAAAGAAGGUCAUGUCUAUAUGGAUGCUAUGGCCUUUGGCAUGGGAAGCUGUUGCCUGCAGAUAACGUUUCAAGCCAAGAAUAUUACUGAAGGCAGGACAUUGUACGAUCAGUUAAGUCCCCUAGGACCUAUUUUAUUGGCUCUUACGGCUGCGACUCCGAUAUAUAAGGGAUUUUUGGUAGACACCGAUGUGCGAUGGAACCAAAUUAGUCGGUCCGUUGAUUGCAGAACACCGGAAGAACUUGGUGAAAAGCCACUCAAAAAAGACCGCUGGAGAAUACCAAAAUCGCGAUAUGCAUCCAAUUCUACAUAUAUUGCACAGGAUCGGCGCUUACGAAAAGAAUAUAUGGACCCGAAUCUUGUUAUUGAUGAAGAUAUCAAGAAACGAUUGAUAGAAGGAGGCAUGGAUGACUUGCUAGCAACGCACUUUGCUCAUCUUUUCAUUCGUGACCCCAUUGUCAUUUUCUCGGAAGACUUGAAAGAAUUAGACCUUAAUGAGGUUAACCACUUUGAGAACUUGCAAUCUACUAAUUGGCAGCAUAUGAGAUUCAAGCCACCGCCACCUGAUAAGGAUAUUGGUUGGCGCGUGGAGUUCCGCUCGAUGGAGAUUCAAAUGACCGAUUUUGAAAAUGCGGCUUUUAGCAUCUUCAUUGUGCUCGUUACUCGAGCCAUUCUCAGCUUCGACUUGAACUUUUAUAUCCCGAUACAACGAACAACUGAAAACAUGGAGACGGCACAUGCUCGGAAUGCAGUUCUAGAGAAGAGAUUCUAUUUCAGAAAGGAUCCGUUCCCACCUAGAACAUCACGGCAGUCACACAUUCACACCAGUGGGACUGAGUCAUCCUUUGCCGGUUCCUCUGCUACAGUCAGCGCUCCGCCAUCACCACCGCUAGGACCUGUCGAUUCUGAGUAUGCACUGAUGAGCAUAUCGGACAUUAUCAACGGGUCCGCAGAUGGGACGUUCCCUGGUCUCAUUCCACUGGUGGAAUCAUAUUUGAAUAGUGUCAACGUUGAUGUAGAGACACGAUGCUCGUUGGCACGAUAUCUGGAUUUGAUUAGGAAACGAGCCACCGGCACACUUUGGACAGGAGCGAAGUGGAUCCGCGAUUUUGUUGCCAAUCACCCAGACUACCAUGGCGACAGCAAAGUAUCAGAGAGUAUCACCUACGACCUGAUUAAAGCUGUACAGGCUAUGGAAGAACAGGAAGGAAAAGCCGGCAGUAUCGGAUGGCAGAUGCUGACGGGGAAGAAGUGACCUAUCCUCUGCUAGCAAUAUCAUCCUUUCCAUUCAGGCAAUUAGCCUCAUGCUUCACGUUUUAUGAUCAUAUCAUUCUUGUCAAAUAUUUGAACCAUUCUUUUGAUAGAUAUAGAGAGACAUGAGCAAACAUGUCCUAGACUUUGAU